GAUUAUUAUUUUAACCUCCUAUAAGAAUAGAUAUAUUUAUUUGGAGGUUAUGUCUUAAAAAGUUUUGUGUAUACUAAAAUUUAUUCAAAUGCGUAUAAAUACCGUAAAAAAAGUAAAUUUCAAGUUUUUACAUUGACAACCGUGAUUGCUUGUAAUUUAAUAUCUACAACAGAGUGAAUUUGUAAAUAUUUCAUUAUCUAUUUUUUAUCAGAGUUUUUAUUUGUUUUGAUAUAUAAUUUCACAUAUCCUAUAUCUGGUUUUGAUAUCAAAAAGUAAAUAGACGGCUGAACUUGAGAAAUACAGUAUUUCGUAAAAUGGCCAAAAGGAAUUUGUUACUUCUAUCGAGUUCAAAAUUACACGGACACAAUUUUUUGGAAUACGCCGAAAACGAAAUUUGCGGAUUAUUAACAGAACUCCGAAUAGAAAAUAUUCUUUUCAUUCCUUAUGCUUUGAAAAACCAUGAUGAAUAUUUUCUUACAGUUGAAGUACCUUUUAAAAAAUGGGGUUUCCAAAUAAGUAGUAUUCAUACUCAGAAUCCUAUCGAUGCUGUUGAUCAAGCGCAAGCCUUUUUCGUUGGGGGAGGAAAUACUUUUCGUCUUUUGAAAACUCUUUAUGAUUUGGAUUUAGUUAAACGUAUAAAAAAACGGGUAUUGGAAAAUGCGGUACCUUACAUCGGAGCCAGUGCAGGUUCAAAUAUUGCAACGGUUAGUAUUCAUACAACAAACGACAUGCCUAUAGUAUACCCUCCAACAUUCGAAGCACUAGGAUUAGUUCCUUUCAAUAUAAAUCCCCAUUAUUUGGACGCCGAUCCUAAUUCUACUUUCCAAGGAGAAACUAGAGAACAAAGAAUCAAACAGUACCUUGAAGAGAAACAUUCUAAAACUGUUCUCGGUAUAAGAGAAGGAUGCAUCUUAUCUAUACGAGAUACUAUACUUGAAGUGAAGGGUUUGGCAGGCGCUACAUUAUUUCAAAAGGAAAAAGAUCCCGUACAAAUUAAAGUUGGGUCCUAUUUGAAUGAUUUAUUUCAACAAGAUUAAUAGGAAGUGAUUAUAUAUAUUUAUAUAUGAAUAUUUUAUAUAGAAUUGACGAUAUUUUUUUAAAUAAAAUUUCAUGGGAUAACAAAUAAA